CGCGAGGUGGUUCCAUUGGGGUUGUUUUUAUUUUAUUAUUCUGUUUGUUUUCUUUGUUCUGUGUGGACUAUGAUGCGCGUGCUUCCCGACGAUGUUUUGCUGUUGAUUGGGGACUUCCUUGAGGAUCACCGGGAUCGCUACAACCUGGUGUUUGUCUGCCGCCGCUUCCACGACCUGUUCUUGCGGCUAGCUUAUCGGGCGGCGUCGUUGAAAUCUUGUCAGCAUCUUCGAUCUUUUCUCGGUUCCAUCCUACGACGACCUGAGCUGGCUUGGGCCGUGCGAGUUCUGCAUUUCGACCACUGGCAGGACAAGCAAUCUACAGGCCAUGUGAAUAUCGCCAACGAGGAACGCCCGCUAUUGACUGACUGGACCCGGGACAUCAGUCAAUCGGACGAGGAGCACGCACAGUGGGAGCAAGAUCUCCAGUACGGUGUGUCAGAUGCAUGGAUCGCGCUGCUGCUGCCGCUUGUCAGCAAUCUCCGCCAGCUUCGUCUGAUUUAUCCCAGGCACAACACCUAUCUCGACCGGACUCUGUACCGCGCCGUCAACGGAGAAUGUCCAGCCUUCCGAUCGCUACAAGAAGUGUCGUUGAGCCAUCUGGAAGACGAUGCUGAUGACACCAAAGGCAACUACCUGCCGUCGCAGAUUCUGCCCUUUUUCCAACUGCCGCUAAUGCACACCCUCUCCGCCGACAUGGUGUUGGAAUCCGAUUCCGCUCAGGAAGCCCGGGGGUCACCCCCGAGCAACCCGCUAACUGACUCGCCCUCAUCCAUCUCGGAGAUUACACUCAACGCCAGCAACGGCUCGAAGGGCAUGCAGAGCCUAAUCGCUUCCUGUUCGUCGCUCAAGUCAUUCAAAUACCAACACUCAGAUUCGCACCUCCACGCCGAGGGGUAUCAACCUUCCGCCUUCUACCACUCCCUGGCCGGCAAAAGGAACACGCUGGAGACGCUCUGGCUCGACAACUGCGGCCAACACCUGCCCUUCACUAUCGCGGGUGCCAACGAGACCCACGACGAAUGGUUCGGUUCUCUGACCGAGUUUACCGCGUUGAAAGACAUGCGAAUUCGCCUCCCGAACCUCCUCGAUGUCCGCUACCAGCUCGAUCCCUCCACCCCGCUCCCAGAUAUCCUCCCACACUCCCUCGAGUCGCUCUAUAUCGAAGGUUGCAAGGAGAAUACACUUUCGAUGCUGUUGAACCAGGUGCGGAUGGUGCUUGGCCGGCGCACUUCGCGCUUCCCGGCACUCCGGCGAGUGGAUAUCGAGGGUUUCUUCCACGACGAGGAAGAAGACUCGGGGUAUGAUGGGGCUAGCAGCACGACUGAGAAAGUCAUCAAGCCGCGAGUCUAUGAAAUGGUGAAACCAGUGCGAGUUGGCUGUGCCGAGGCUGGAAUCGACCUGUUUCUUCGAGAUAGAGUGUGCCUGGAGACCAUGAAGGGAUCUCCUGUUUAACGGCUUCAUGACCCAACUGAUAGAGUUAUUUGCUUUCUCUCGUUUAUAGAAUACCCUUGACGUUAGAUUUCUUCACGGCGCAAUUUUCGUUUUCAUUUGCAUACAACGUUAUAGAGCGUCAUACAUCGAAUUACAUACCAAUUUCUACAUCUC